UUUCUAGUGAACAUCUCGAUCGUAGAAUGAAUAUAACUCGCUAAUGAGGAUCUCCUUUCGAGUGUGUAGCGAAGACUAUCUUGAACGUCGUUUGAUAGUGGAGGGGUUGAAGACUCGUUGAGAUAGAGACUCCUGCGCGAAGAUGUCAAUGGCUUACGAGGAGAAUUUUGGUUGGCGAGGUGGCUUGUGGAGCCGAGCUACAAGAUAUCAAAACCCAGAACUUCAAUACAGCCAAGCUGCAUGAUACGCACAGAUGGCUGUAAACUUAUAUCGCCCUCGACGCAUUCUUCACAAAUCAUAUCAAGGUAGGAACACACGGCUUCCAAGCAUGAUGCGUCGCCAAGCGGAGCUAUCAGAUUGCAGACAGCCAUGUGCAUGGUUUUGGGGAAAAGAUCCCGGCAUUCGUGUUUGGUGUGUGUGGGCGUGCUGCAUGCGAGUGACCUCGACCACGAGGCCCGGAUUUACGGGGUCUGGGGAACGAGAUCGCUUGUCGCAGGGAAAAAGCAAGAAAGGAGUAAAACACCUUACUGUGUAAGUGGUUUAUGGCAAAGAGAGUUUGAAAGGGUCAUGUAUGAUUGGGACGUGUGCUGAAGGAAUGU